AUCAAUCUCACCCAGCACAAGAUGUCCGCACAUAUCCCGGUCUGGAAGCGUAUUGGUUUGAAAGUCAAGCAAGUCUUGAGUGAAGAUCCCCUUGCCCUCUCCACCCAUAUCGAUAGCACUGAGGUAAGCACCAAGCAAGCUAAAAAGCUAAUCCAGCAGAGAAAGAGAACCAUCGCAGCCACUGAAUUGGACGCCGAAGGUAAUGCUAGUCCUAAGAAGUCAGCCAAGAGAGUUAAACUUCCAAAGGCCGAGAGAGCCCCACCUCCGGAGAAAGACCAGUUGGUCUACUUGAGACAGUACAAGGAGGAUAAGGAUAAUUGGAAGUUCUCAAAGCAGAAGCAAAACUGGGUGUUGAAGAACAUGAAAAGUAUACCUGAACAGUAUGACGAAGCCUUGAAAGAGUACUUGCAGGGUUUGCAGGGUGGGUCCAAGGACCGUGUGGUCAGUGAUCUCAAGAUUGAAUUGGAAAAAUGGAAUAGGCUCGCAGAAGACACCGAAAAAUUACUCGAGGAGCCAAGGGAAGAGGGACCAGAAGAAAAUGACCAAGCCCCAGCCGAAAAGAAGGAUGUCACGACCGUAAAAAAGUCGCCAGCUAAGAAGGAGAAACCUAAGGAAGAACCACCAACCUUUGACUGGGCAGUCAAGGCGAGAGAAAUGUUCAAGGCCAUGUCCGGUGAAGACUUUUUCCUCAAGGGGAUUGAUGACAUGCUUGAAGAAGAUGAGAAGGCCGGGCAUACCGCUGAAGCUCAGAAAACUGAAACUAUAGAGACUACCGAGGCUGAAGAAAAGGAUGUCCAGAGAAAUUUAGUUGUGGAGUCCGUCGAAGUGAAUGAUUUCAUUACCGAGGAGGACACUGUUGACCCGGCUGUCAAGGGAGUCGAAGCUGAUGCGGGAGAGGAGGACCAGAAAGUCAAGGCCAAGAAAAGUAAGAAAAAGAAGUCCAAGACUGCUUGAGUCUAGCUGUAUAUUAUGAAUUUAAAACGAAUUGUGUAUUUUUU